AUGGACCAGCAACCUCAAAGUGAUGCUGAUUUUCUUGAGCCAUCAGUACUAUUAGAUGAGACACAUUACCAGGAGGGCUACAAAAAUGGUUAUCAUGAUGGCCUGUCAUCAGGGAAGGAAGAGGGCAGACAGGUUGGUUUAAAGAUGGGUUUCCAGGUCGGUGAAGAGCUGGGUUUCUAUCAGGGCUGUCUGGAUGUGUGGGCCUCCGCAGCUCGCAUUGAUCAGAACGUGUUCUCAGCUAGGGUCAGGAAGAACAUUGAGCAACUAGCUGCACUGGUGAGCAGCUAUCCGCUGUAUGAUCCGGAGAAUGAACAAGUUCAAGAUGUGAUGGAGAAGAUAAGGCUGAAAUUCAGGGUUAUCACUGCAACAUUAGGGGCGAAGUUGGAGUAUGAAGGUCGCCCGGCAUCAUCGAAACAGGACGUUGAGGAUCUGUGA